UCUGUAAAGCAGCAGCUUCUCUCUCUCAGUUACACUAUAACACAAAACUUAUAAAAUGAAACAUAACCAACCUACGAACCAACCAACAAACCCACUCAUUCUCUCAGUGCAGGAAAAUGGCAGAGGCCAGUAUUUCAGUAGAUCAGGAUCACUUCAGCUGUUCAGUGUGCCUGGAUCUCCUGAAUGACCCAGUGACUAUUCCCUGUGGUCACAGUUUCUGUAAGGUGUGUAUUAAUGCUCACUGGGAUCAGGAGGAUGUGAAGCGCAUCUACAGCUGUCCUCAGUGUAGAGAGACUUUCACUCCAAGGCCUGUUCUAUGCAGGAACAACAUGCUGGCUGAAGUGGUGGAGAAACUGAAGAAGACUGAACUCCAAGCUGCUUCUCCUGAUCACUGUUACACUGGAACUGGCGAUGUGGAGUGUGACUUCUGCACAGGGUGAAAACACAAAGGUCAUGAUACAGUUUCAGCUAAAGCAGAAAGAACUAAAAAACAG